UCUUCAUCAGGCACUCUAUCCAACGCAGCAAUUACUACUAUCCAGCCACUAUCUAAUACAGCCAGUGUAGUCCAACCAUCCAACACAGCCAACUCAGGCCAACCAUCAAACACAGCCACUUCAUCCAGUGCAGCCACACCAUCCUGUACGACACGUCGAUGUCUGGCCAGCAUGCUGAUUGCGAAAGAAGCUCUGAGUCAGCCACAGUCUCGACGGUGCAUCUCAAUUAUUCGUGUGCCGUUAAUAGUGUACGAAACUCUGUCUGUCGUAAGUCCCUUUCUGUUCCUUUUAAUUUAGUUUUGUACAAUGUGAUGAGUUUCAGAGAUAACCUAUUGACAUUUCUAUCAUUAUGUGAUGAUGAAUUAUUCUCUUCCUAAUAGGACACAAAAAACCUCCGCUUCGAGAGUCGUCUGGAAGUCCCGCUGGUAUGUACACUCUUAGAUAAAAAGGUGCUAUCUAGAACCUAAAAGGGUUAUUCGGCUGUCCCCAUAGGAGAACCCUUUGAAGAACCCUUUUUGGUUCCAGGUAGAACCAUUUUGGGAACAGAGGGUUCUACCUGGAACAUUUUUUUUUUUACAUUUGAGUCAUUUUAGCAGACACUCUUAUCCAGAGCGACUUACAGUUAGUGAGUGCAUACAUUUUCAUACUGGCCCCCCGUGGGAAACGAACCCACAACCCUGGCGUUGCAAGUGCCAUGCUCUACCAACUGAGCUGCAGGGGACUUAAAGGGUUGUCCUAUGGGGACAGCCGAAUAACCCUUUUGGAACCCCUUUUUCUAAGAGUGUACGCACAAAACAUCCAGGGAGACAUUUAAGUAAAUGUGACAUUUUGUAAUACUACUCAUGAUUAUAAUUCUAAACUACAGUCUUGGGAAGACCCUGACUUAUCAUGGGACACAUCAGUCUAUCAUCAUGAUAUGGUGGUCCUGCCUGUCAGCAAAAUCUGGACUCCUGAUCUCCAUGUGACUAAUGGGUGAGUCCACUUACAACAGAAUACAAUAGCCUGUUAUGUUUAUAUAUAUUUUUUUCAUUUAGAUUUUAUAAUAUUAGUCAAUUUAUGUGUGAUCUUCUAAAUAGCGAGUGAAACAUGGACAGAAUUAGAGAUACAGUACUAAUAUGUUUUGAUUGGCCAAAUGUUUAGGUGUGACAGUUUUAGUAUAUCAAUCCUCAGUUGUCUGUCCUCAACCUCUCGUGUCUAAAGAGUGCAAACAACGAUGAAGCAUGGCAACAAGGAUUUGCUGGUGCACAGCAAUGGGACCGUAGAGCACAUGGUCAUCAUGAACACUGUGGUGGGCUGUGAGGUCAAUCUAUACAACUACCCCUUCGCUUCAGAUUUCUGUGCCAUCGCCCUUAAUGUGUGGGCAAUUAGUGGUAAGUGCAUAAUUUCAAACCUAAUUUUGCCUGCUAAACGGCUCUUGCACACAAUUACUUACCAAAGAUCUUACUAACCAAAAACAACAACAACAAAAUGUUUGUCUGUAUAGCCUAAUGCAAUUUAGUAUAUAAUGCAUUUCAGUUUAUUUGUCGUUGUCACGUUCGUUGACAGACGGGUCAGACCAAGGCGCACCGUGAUAUACGUACAUGUUUAUUUAAACUGAAUAAACACCACGACAAAACAAUAAACGUUUAGAAGGUAUUACAGAAAACAAACCUUACACGGAGCAAGAUCCCACAACUAGACAGUGCCAAUAGGUCCCCAAUCAGAGACAACGAGCGACAGCUGCCUCUGAUUGGGAACCACACCGGCCAACAUAGAAAUACACAUACUAGAUAAUAAACAUAGAAAACGCACAACAAAGAAUAUACACACCCUGACUCAACAUUUAGCGUCCCCUGAGUCAGGGCGUGACAGUCGUCUUUGGAAUUUUCGAUGCAUCCUGACUGUCUAGUAUUUAUUUAGGUGCUUGUUAGUGGGCUGGACACAGUGGGGCCAUACUUGCGAACAUUAUAAAACAUUUUAGUUAAAGUUUAAGCAUCAGACAAUUGUUGACGUAGUUGUACGUGAUCAAAGGCUGCAUGAUAGCUGUUCCCAUUACAUAACCUGGCAGAUUUAGCCAUAUGCUAACCUCACCAGGUGGCAGUGAUUAUUUCCUGUAACAAAUUCCACAUCAGCCUAUCAAAGAUCUUAAACUUUUUUGUUGUUUCCCCUACUACAGAUUGUAUCUUUAACUAAAGUUAACUUCCAAAUUAAUUAGGUUAAAUUCAUAAGUUAAGAACAAAUAAGAAUUAUAUUAACAACAUAACAGAUGCAAGCUAUAAUUGUUUUGUAUAGCCUAGUUCAAGGCAGUAGCGUGAAAUAGAAAAAUGUGUGGGUAAAUGGUAAGCUUUAGCCUAGCCUCAAAGCAGAAGUUCAGGAUUUUACAACUUGAUGUUAGAUGGUUCUUCACCCUAAAAGUAGUAUGGGCCAGGAGAAACUGUAAUCCAUGGUUCGGUUUUCUCUGAACAAACUUCAGCUAACUUUAGCCACCGCUAACAAAAAAUCAAUGCGAGUGAUAGGGGCAAUCAUGCAAUUGUCAAAAUGUCCAUUGUAUAAAAGUUACUUUUUAUUUGUGUGGUAGUUUUUCCACCUCCUCCUGAGAACCAAGAUAAAAGUGAACCAAGAGCCAAAAAUCAAGGAAUGAACCAAACCAAACAUUUUGUGAAUCAUUACACCCAUAAUGCCUAUUGAUAUAAACAAAAACAAUUGUGUUAUAAGCUGUGGUAUGAUCUUUGAGUGAGUGAACUAGUAUAAAAUAUCUGCUUUUCCAGGAUGUGGCAUGUUCCUGACCUUUGGGAAUGUGAGCAAAACUAGCGCAAACCGCGGGGACUGGCUAACCGAGGCAGUGGAACUCAAUGCUAAAGGAGGCAGAGAUGAUCGCAACUAUCUAUGGGUUAGUGAGUGCUCCUGGUGAUUUUUUUUUUUUUUUGGGACAUAUAAAGAUACCUUACUCUUCCUAUUUUUAAGGGCAUAGAUUUAAAAAAAAUUACACUCAAAGACAAUACAUUUACUCAAAAACAAAUUAUUUCUGCCUGGCUUACCUGUCUGACUUCACAGGUGUCGCUGAAAAUGCGGCCCGAAAACCCGUUUCUGUCCCUGGUCCUGCCCAGCAUACUGAUCAUCUUGGCUGAUGUGGUGAGCUUCGCCCUGCCGCUGGGAGAGAGCAAGCGCAUCCCCUUCAAGGUUAAACUGGUUCUCAGCUUCAUCAUGUUCCUCAACAUCCUCAAGGACCUUCUGCCCGGAGGAGGCCAGUGCAGCCCCAUCAUCCGUGAGUAUCCUGUGUGUAAUGCACCAGAAUGAAACAGCAUUUUGUUAUAAAGGGUGCGUAUGUAACGGAGUUAUAGAGCGACUGCACCCUAAAAACCAACACAUUCCUUUGUAAACGGCCAAUCUGGCAUUGAUAUGAGUCAGAAACAUUUAUUCUAUUGUAGAGAGAGUUUUUGUCAUAAAAUCAGCCUAUUCCAAAACUGAGUUUGGUACCAGAGUGCGUCAAAACGUAAAUGAUGGUUGGGUUUGGAUUCCAAUCAUGUCAACAAUUCAUGCCCCCUUUUGCCCAGGUGGCACCGUGUUGUUUGUGGAAGAUUGGGCAAGUUCGUUUUGCCUGGUGGUCCUGCGUAGCUCAGGUAGAGCAUGGUGCUUGCAACGCCAGGGUUGUGGGUUUGAUUCCCACGGCGGACCAGUAUAAAAAAAGAAUAAUAUGAAAAUGUAUGCAUUCACUACUGUAAGUCGCUCUGGAUAAGAGCGUCUGCUAAAUUACGAAAAAUGUCAAAUGCAAUUGACUGGUAGAAAAUGAACCAAUGGAAUGGUUGUAAAUUAGCAAUCCCGCCCACCCGGGCUUGGAUGUAGCCAGCUUGGUUUCAAUAAUGUUUCUACUCAAACUGGCUAGCCAAAUGAUCCCUGCUAGCUAACGUUAGCGGAAUGUUAUCUAGCUAACUAACUACCCACUGGGCACAGACAUCAAUUCAAUGUCUAUUCCAUGUUGGUUCAACGUAAUUUCAUUGAAAUGACGUGGAAACAAUGUUGAUUCAACCAAUGUGUGCCCAGUGGGAAGCUAACUAAUUUCAAGUCAGAUUUGCAAAUUAAGCAGCUAGCGAGCUAGAAAACAACAUGACAACAACAUUGUCUAUAUUCUAGGGCAAAAAUUACAGUUCAAAUAAGGAAAUCAGUCAAUUGAAGUAAAUUCAUUAGGCCCUUAUCUAUGGAUUUCACAUGACUGGGAAUACAGAUAUGCAUCUGUUGGUCACAGAUACCAUUUUUUUUUUAAGUAGGGGUGUGGAUCAGAAAACCAGUCAGUAUCUGGUGUGACCACUAUUUGCCUCAUGCAGCGCGACACAUCUCCUUCACAUAGAGUCGGUCAGGCUGUUGAUUGUGGCCUGUGGAAUGUUGUCCCACUCCUCUUCAAUGGCUGUGCAAAGUUGCUGGAUAUUGGCGGGAACUGGAACGUGCUGUUGGAACACACAUUGAUCCAGAGCAUCCCAAACAUGCUCAAUGGGUGACAUGUCUGGUGAGAAUGCAGGUCAUGGAAGAACUGGGACAUUUUCAGCUUCCAGGAAUUGUGUCCAGAUCCUUGCGACAUGGGGCAGUGCAUUAUCAUACUGAAACAUGAGGUGAUGGUGGCAGAUGAAUGGCACGACCAUGGGCCUCAGGAUCUCGUCACUGUAUCUCUGUGCAUUCAAAUUGCCAUCAAUAAAAUGCAAUUGUGUUUAUUUUCCGUUGCUUAUGCCUGCCCAUACCAUAACCCCACCGCCACCAUGGGGCACUCUGUUCACAACGUUGCAAACCGCUCACCCACACAACGCCAAACACGCUGUCUGCCAUCUGCCCGGUACAGCUGAAACCAGGAUUCAUUCGUGAAGAGCACACUUCUCCAGCAUGCCAGUGGCCAUUGAAGGUGAGAAUUUGCCCACUGAAGUCGGAAAAAACUGCAGUCAUGUUAACACCCUGGUGAGGAUGACGAGCACGCAGAUGAGCUACCCUGAGACUGUUUCUGACAGUUUGUGCAGAAAUUCUUCGGUUGUGCAAACCCACAAUUUCAUCAGCUGUCCGGGUGGCUCAUCUCAGACCAUUAUGGGAUCAGCCAUCUUGCUUAAGGGGGAGAUGUGGCGAUAUGCUGAUAUCUACAGUAUCUAAUGAUGAUAUGUCAAGUUCAUAAACUGACAUGCACAGUACAACCUGUGAUGUUCUAUACUGAACAAAAAUAUAAACGCAACAUGUAAAGUGUUGGUCCCAUGUUUCAUGAGCUGAAAUCAAAGAUCCCAGAAAUGUUCCACCCACACAAAAAGCUUAUUUCUCUAAAAUGUUGUGCACAAAUUUGUUUACAUCCCUGUUAGUGAGCAUUUCUCCUUUGCCAAGAUAAUCCAUCCACCUGACAGGUGUGGCAUAUCAAGAAGCUGAUGAAACAGCAUGAUAAUUCCACAGGUGCAGCUUGUGCUGGGGAUAAUAAAAGGCCACUCUAAAAUGUGCAGUUUUGUCACAACACAAUGUGUUGUAGGACCGCUGAGCUGACUGCAUUCAACUCGCAGUAGUUGAUAUCGUUUCCAAGGUAACAUGUAUUUACAUGAAGUGAUGUAACGUUGAACUAAGUUGUAGGGUCUUUUCGCAGCAAGGUUUUGUAGAAUGAGUGACUCAUGAAACAUUCCAGACACUGGUUCUUGGCAUACUUUUGAUUUGACAGAGAAAUAUAUGCCAGCUAAGGUAAGACAGGCUAGCCAGCUCCCCCCCCCCCCCAGCUUGGCUAAACAUAUGUUCAACACAAAAUAUUAUCUAUUCGCCUCUUCUCUACUUUAGCCUACACAUAGAGCUGAAUUAGAUGACCAUCUUGAGAUGGCGAGUCACUCAGGUGGGGUGAAGUUCUCAACUUCAAAACGUCUCGCCAUAGCAAAGCUAGCUUAGUUUACCUUGCUGUCACUACACUAACGUUACUACCCUUUUAUGUAAUUGAAUGGUAAAGACACACCCAAGAAACACCCACAUCCAACCACACCCCAAAGAUAACUUUUGUUUGGCUUCAGUCAUGGCCGCUAGCAUUUUAUGAGACAAAUCUAAAAUGAGGCCAAAUCAGGACGUUCAGCCGCCCUUUAAGAAUGUGCAGUAAGCUCACUCCACAGCUAGCUUGAAAUGUUGCCAAGAGAGCUAUCAAAUUUGAUAUUUUUCUAUAGCACAAUUGGUUGGCACGUUGUCAAGGAGGACGGCCGAUGUUUGUGAGCAGAGGAUCACUAGUUCGAGCCCAGUGUGUUACAGGGACAGUAAAGGAAGCUAUACUGUAAGCAGCACACUGAUGUUGGUUUCAUGUAUACAGCACCUCUCUGCCACCAUAUAACACUCACACAUCUCUCUCUCUUGUUGUUCUCCAUAGGAAAGCACUUCUGUUUCUGUUUGGUCAUCCUGGUGUUGAGCAUGUUGCAGUCUAUGGUGCUCACACGUCUGGCUAAGUGUGGCACUCUCUGGCCCUGCAGCCGCUCCAAGUCCAAAGACUCACCGCUUAAAGACACAGACAAUGAAGAGGGUAAACUUUUUAAUUCUUCUGUCAUCUCAGUUACCCACAGAGCAAGAUAUAUUUUUCUGGUUGCCAAAGAAGACGUUAACAAAACGUCCUUAUUAGGGCUGUCAGAGUUAAGCAGUUAACUCAAGUUAACUUUUGGUAAUUUUUCGUGCACUAUCAUUUUUUGUUUUGUUUGAUUAAUCGCAUUGUCUAAAAGGGUUGAAAAUACACUGAAAACAUCCCAAAUACAUAACCUAUACUGCAAAAAUGUACAAUGCCAUGUAAAAAUAAGUUGACAUUGAGGUGAAAUAAAAUGUGCUUUCUCAAUUUACCAAAUUUAACAAACUGUUAUUUUGACAAAAUCAAGACAUUCAUAUUUUUGUAAUGUUCUUUUUUUGUAUAAAAAAAUGACAGCUCACUUUGGAGCAAAUUUGGAAUGUCAUUUUUUCUCUCUAAUUAAUUGUUUGACAGCCCUAGUCCUUAUACAACCCUUUAUAACCUGACCAUAAUGUCAUAAUGACUUUACUGCAACCAGUUUUACUGGGUAACCCAUUAAUCCUAAAAGCGCCAACAAGGGUACAUUUUGACCCCAAGUGGUAAAAAAAAUAUAUAAUAUUCAACCUUUUUUUGAUCCUUCUGACAUUUUUGGACUUUGCCAAGCAACUAGUUACCACCAAAAUAACGCAAUUUACUAUGAUUUCUGUGUUAAUAUGGAGGAAUGAAAAAUAAUACAUAUUUUGUUUACUAGAUUCAAUAGACUCAAUAGUAAACUUUGUGAUAAAAUCCCCAAAUUUGGAAUAGAGGUAGAUGUAUGUACCCUAAAAAGAUAUAGAUAUGGAGCGAACCCAGAUUUGGCCCCUUGGGGGCGUGGCAGCUACUAUAACUAAAAAAUUACAACAAAUUCAAAUACACAUUUAGCUUCCAGUCAAUGUCUCUAUACCAAGUCGAGAGAGUCUAAUCUUUCAGAUGCAAUUUGAACUGAAUUGAUAGCCCAUAGCAUUCCAAGGUUAGAGCUAAAAGUCUGAUUAUCGGCCAUAUUGGUGGCCAUCGUAGGUCGUACCAGAUUUAGCUCAAUCUGCAAUUUCUCAGCCUCUGAGUAUCACAGAAACACAACACUUUGAAUGAAUAACAGACAAAUGUUCAUAACAAGUGGCUAUGGAUGAAAUGUAUCGAAAUAUCUGUUCAAAACAUGAAAAACAUACAGAUGUUUAUUUUGAAACGGCAAAUGUGAAUAUAAAUGUGUGAUUUUGUAAAGAUAUAUGCUUAUUUUGGGGAAUUUAAACCAUUUUACUUGUGUUACAAAAGGUUAAUAAAAGAAAAAGUGUUACUGUUUGACUGUUUAUUUUUGCCAUCCAAUUUGGGGUCAAAUAUGACCCCUGUUGGCGCUUUUAGGAGUCGAAAUAUUUGGGCACUUUUAGGGUUAAAGAAAAUCAUCACCAUAAACAAGUCAAAAUGUAUUUUAUUAAUGCACAACCAUUCUUACCCUUUAGCUGCAGUUAAAGCAUGCAGUUGACGUCUUCCCAGCAUAUUUUCUUGUUACCAUCAUUUGUCUCGCCAGCUACUCCAUUUGAUGUUUAAUCUGUCACUGAAAACUAUGUCCUGAGUGGUUUUUACAAAAAUUAUGCUAUAUUAAUUGUUAUCAUUUUUUUUUCUCUCUCAUUUAAUUUGUCUAGAAUCCAGGCCUGAUAUUACUGUCAUCAAACUGAAAGCCUCAGAGGAAGAGAAGAAUUCACCCCUCCAGAAGGUGGUGAAGUUUCUCAACAAAAUGGCUGCACAAGACCAGAAAAAAGUUAGACACCAUCGCUUUGCCAACAAAGUGGACUUGAUCUGUUUCUGUAUCUAUCUCACCAUCCUCAUUGUUUAUACAGCCGUCAUUUCAUAUUUCUCCUUUGGUUCUCGAUGUGAGAUCGACCAUUUAGAAUUCUGGCAU